AUGUUUGCGAUUCCCUGGUUCGACAGCAACCCGGAAGGGUUCUUCAAACUGAAGGGCUCAAGACUGAUAUGGGCUACUGCUAUUCUUAGUAGCCUGGGGUUCUCGAUGAUCGGUUAUGGAAACGCGCUCAUGGGAGGCAUUAUUAAUGAGGAACCGUUUAAGCAAAGAUUCGACUACCCCAGUUCAAGCGAGAUAGGAUUUAUUACUGCGAUAUAUGGAGUUGGCGCUUUUGUUGGCUCUAUUUUGACAUCGCUAGUGGGUGAUAGUUUUGGGCGUCGCAAAAGUAUUGCCAUAGGAGCAAUUGUUAUGAUACUUGGCAGUUUGGUUCAGAGUUCUGCGAUAACACUUCGUUCUCUUUCGGUGGGUCGGUUUGUGUCAGGGACGGGCCUGGGUUUCCUGAAUUCUACAAUACCGGUUUUACAGAACGAAGUGAGUCCUCAUGGAGAGAGAGGAAUGUAUGUGGCUGUUUACUGCACAACACUCAAUGUUGGAAUAUUAGUUGCGUACUGGGUGAACUUCAGCUUGCGUAAUCUGGGAUCCGAUAAAUCAUGGAGACUUCCAAUUUUGCUUCAAAUAUUUAUAUUAGCACCUAUACUGGCUCUUACAGUGCUAACUUGUGAGUCUCCUAGAUGGUUAUUACUCAAGGAUCGAGACUCCAACGCUCUACAAGUACUGGCUAAUCUCGAAAACUCUGAACCCGACGACCCGUUAGUCGAAGAUAAGUUUCAUUCGCUCAAAGAAUCUGUUGUAUGGGAUACUGUCGAUGCCGAACAGUCAUCUUUUUGGCAAGAUUUUUAUAAUCCAAACGAUAUAAUUGCUACGAAAAGGCUAUGGAUUUCUUUAAGCGUGCAGAUAUUUCAGCAGUUAGGAGGAAUCAAUGUCCUCAUUUACUACUGCCCUAUUUUAUUUGAAGAUUCAAUCAAGCUGUCAUCCCAGACGUCGUCUCAAUUAUCUGUUUUGCUUCAAAUCUGGCUAGUAGUUACUUCAAUGGUACCGUGGAGUCUGCUAGAUAGGGUCGGCAGACGACCUCUUAUAUUAGGAGGUAUAUCUGGUCAGGGGGCGUCAAUGCUAAUGCAGGCCAUUUUCAUAUACCAAUUGAAUAUUCAUGGCAACAGUAAUGACAGCGAGAAGUCAUCUUUAUCUAUAUGGGCAAUAUUAUCAAUCGUAACACUGUUUACGUUUGAAGCAAGUUUUGCUAUUGGUAUGCAAGCUAGUGUUUGGGUAUACUGUUCGGAAAUUCUCCCUCUACGACUAAGGGGUCGAGGUACUUCAUUAGCUACAAGCGCUAAUUGGGCUACAAAUUCGGUAUUGGUUCAUCUUGCUCCGGUUGUGCUUGAGAAGCUAAAUUAUGCCAGCUUUCUCAUUCUCGCAGCAUUGAACUUCACAUUUCUGCCUGUUGCCUAUCUAGCUUUCUGUGAGACCAAGGGUCUGUCACUAGAACAAGUAGACCAAUUGUUUCUAGAGCACCAAGACUAG